AUGAGCCCAGCAGCGGGAGCAAGCCAAUUCCAAUGGCUGAACAAACUGCCCCUGGCCAAACUGCACCGCAUCGCCGUCUCAGUCGGAUCGCCCUGUUCAGGCACAAAAGCGGCCCGCGUGGCUGGGAUUCAACAUGCUAUUAUCAACUCGGGGGUGAUUGGAAAGACUACUGGUACUGACAAGGAGGCGAGACUGGGAGUAGGAACAGUGGGAGCUAGAGCUGGUACGAGAGACUUGAGUCUACUGAGCAUUGAUAUGGGGAUCCGGAAUCUAGCGUUUGCACAUCUCACGGCACCGGCACCGGCACCGACUGAGGCUCAGAGGGAUAGGAAUAUACAGUAUGACUACUACGGCACGCCGACGCUGCGGGAAUGGCGACGACUUGAAGUGGCAUCGGCAUCGGCACCAGAAUCAGCAUGGUCAUCACUACUGCCACUGGUGAAAUCAGACCUUGACUCCGUGUCUGAGGUGGCGGGUGGUUCAAGUUCAAGUUCGAAUUCAUCGCCGGGCUCUGAUGCCAGUGCUGCCAAUGGUGGAAGUGAAGAACCAACAGUUACGGACCCAUCAUCAUCAGAAUCAGAAUCAACACCAUCAAAACCCAGGAAGAAAACCAAAAGCAAAAAAUCAUCAUCAUCGUCGGCACUACCUCCAGAGACCACCUUGACAAAGGAGAAAGAAUCCUUCGAACCAAUCGACUACGCCCACCAUGCCUACCAUCUAAUCACAUCUCUCUUACAAACCUACAAACCCACACACAUCCUGAUCGAGCGACAAAGAUUUCGUUCGGGCGGUCGCGCCGCCGUGCCCGAGUGGACGAUCCGAGUCGGCGUGUUUGAGGGCAUGUUGUAUGCUGUUCUCCGGACUCUUGUGGAGCACGGGAAAGUUGAGGUGCUGGUUGAACCGGUGCAGCCGGGGUUUGUGAAUCGGUAUUGGCUUGAACGGGAAGGCGGCGACAUUGGCAUGACAAUGUCAAUGUCGGCACAGGAGAAGCACGAAGAGCUUGAAUCGGCCGGUAAAGUUGGUCGUCUCAGUGGUCGAGAAACGAAGAGAGCAAAGAUCGAUCUUGUGGGAAGGAUAUUGACGGCGCAAGAAAAAGACACUCCGAUGGUUCUAGUCAACAAGGACUUGGAGGAAGUCACGGCCCAGUUCGUUUCGAUCUGGCAGAAGGACAAAAAGGUGAAGCGGAAAAGUGCAAAGGAUACUACAACUAGUACUGCUAGUAUUUCCAAAUUGGAUGAUCUGGCAGACGCGCUGCUUCAAGGACUGGCGUGGAUUCAUUGGCAGAAUGCAAGACGACGGCUCCACGUUUUGGGACGAGAGGGUGUUGAGGAUGGACUGGGAGCUGAUCGGUAA